GGGUAAUAAUGAAAAAUGUUAUUUCUUCUACAUUUUAAGGAGUUUCGGUUUCGCAUGUUGCGCAGAACAACAAACCUGAGUGACUCCCUUUACAGGCUGUUUCCUCCUCCUCCAGUUCAUCAGACACCAGUCAAAGAAGGAAAACAAAGAGGAAAACAACACGGAGAAAAUAGGACAAGACUCGCUUUAUAGCCAUAUAGUGUCUUUGGCGGAUUGCCUGUCGGGAAAACUGAUAAUACAAGCAGAGACACAACUUGACUUUCAGAUCAUCGAUCCUUUUCACCAUGGCCAACCAGCCAAUCCAUAACCACCAUGAAAAGGCUUACAUGUCCCUGAUGAGAGGCUUGAAAGAGCUGGACUUCCGUAGCCCCUGUGUUCCCAGUGACCUGGUGCUGAUUGGAGACCAUGCCUUUCCUUUAGCAAUGAACAGCCGAGGCCAGGUCCUGAUGGCAGCCUCUCUGUACGGCCGUGGAAGGAUCGUGGUCCUGGGUCAUGAGGGCUACCUGACCGCCUUUCCUGCUCUGGUAGAGAACGCUCUGACCUGGCUGAGAGGAGAUGGAUCUGACAACCUGUCUGUGGGGAUCCACAAUAACGUCAAGGCAGUCGCUGACAACCUCAGCAAAUCCAGCUUCCAGGUAACAGUUGUGGGGGGCUUUAGUCACAAUCAGAGUGUUGGUGUGUAUGUGACAAAUGCCUACAGCGUGGGUCCAGACGUGAAGGACCUGGUGGCGUUUCUGAAAGCUGGAGGAGGAGUGCUGAUAGCGGGGCAGGCGUGGAGCUGGGCUGGAUCGAACCCUAAGGUCAACACGCUGCUUCACUUUGUAGGGAACAAGGUGUCUGGUGUGGCAGGGAUCUACUUCUCUGACCAUCACGGUGAGAAAGAGUGCGUGCCGGUCUACCCAACGAUCCCAUCCUCCUGGAUGGCUGUAGUAAUCGGAAAGGAUUUUGAGGACGACUUGGAGUUCUUACUCCAGGGGGUUUCAGACUUUGACCUCCAGGGUGGGACAGUAGCUUCUGAGGUUCUGGUCCACGGCCCGCUAGCCUUUCCCAUCGGGACCACGAGCACUGGACAGGCAUUCCUGGCAGGAGCCUACUAUGGGCAGGGACGAGUCAUUGUGAUCUCACAUGAAGGACUUCUGGGACGAGAGACACUGGCUCCGUUUUGGAAGAAUGCCAUUCACUGGCUGGAUGAAGGUCGGCAGGGGGUCGUUGGUGUAGCGCCAAAUGUUAAAAUCAAUGUUCUCAGCAACUGCGGGUUACGGUGUGAGAAGACAGACUUCAGGGAAGACCUGAGUGUGCACGUGUGUAACGCGUACAGCGAUAAACAUGCGGAGAAAAUCCGAGAGUUUGUGGCAGAGGGAGGAGGCCUGCUAAUUGGUGGACACGCCUGGUACUGGAAACAGACACACAACGGGCAAAACGAAUUAACAGAUUUUGCAGGGAAUAAGAUCCUGAACCCGAUGGGCUUGAGCCUGUUGGGGACAACAGUCAGUGCGGGUUUACACAAGGCCCCUGUGCCCAGCCAGGCCGUCAAAGAUACCUACCACUUCCGCCACCUUCUGCACCGCUUCGCCGGUCAUGUCACCCAGGGGAAGAAACUUAGCAAGCAUGAGGAGGAAGGCCUUAAAAAGCUGGGCCAUGACUGUGCCACCUACUUGCACAUGGAGGCUUAUGACUGCCCCUCCUAUACACAGGUUGUGUCCACUCUCACUGACAUCGUGAUGAAGUCAGGCAUGCCUCAGGUGUGUGACAGCUGUCCUGUGAAGUGUCCCAAAGACCACCUACUCCUCAAUGUGGGGCCCGAGGUGUAUAAGGUUUGCCCAAAUCCUGAUGCCCUCCUGCCCUACCUCAUCAAGGAUAACCCCUUGAUGCCAGUCGUCUAUAACCACAAGAUCCAGAUUAAUGUUGACACAGCAGGAGGGGAUGAGUGGAUCAGUACAGGUCUCUAUCUCUCUCCUGGAAUGAAGACCUACGUUGCCAUGCCAGCAGCGACUGUCAACAAGGGAUGGAAGGUCCAGAUAGGUUGUCAAACAGACUACCUGAAGGCUGGAGAGUUGAAGAGAGCGCCGUGUGUUCAUGAGCGAUAUCCUGUAACCUCAGAGAUGAUGCAGGUGUCGUAUCUGUGGGGGGGACUCAUCUACCUGGUGGCUCCACCCAACACACAACUGGAGGGGGUGGAGGCCACGGUGCAGAUGGCUGUACCUGCACCUUACUAUAAAUCUGGUGUGACAACAGCAGCUGAUUGGUCGCUGCUGCGCACAGCUCCUUCACCCUGGGCAGAGCUGGAGUUUGACAACAUCAUCCUCACUGUACCGUCAGUCGCUGUUCGAGACCUGGAUCGCCCCGAUCUGUUGGCAGCACUUUGGGAUGAGCUGAUGAGGGGCAUCGCUGAUCUGGCUGUCAAACCACAUAAAUUUCCUCGCAAAGAACGCUUUGUAGCAGAUGUGCAGAUUUCCCAUGGUUGGAUGCAUGCAGGUUAUCCUAUCAUGGCACAAAAAGCCACAGCAGCUGACCUGGUCAAUGCUGACGGUGCUAGGAAAAAAGGCAUAUGGGGGUUCAUCCAUGAACUGGGACACAACCAACAGAGAGGCUGCUGGGAGUUCCCACCACACACCACAGAGUGUACCUGCAACCUGUGGUCGGUGUAUGUGCAUGAAGAGGUGCUGGGGAUCGACAGAGCAAAGGCUCAUCCAGCUAUGGCUUCAGAAAAGCGAAAAGGUCGAGCUCAGGAGUAUGUUAAGGGGGGCAGGAAACUCAGCGACUGGAGCAUGUGGGUGGCCUUGGAGACAUACAUGCAGCUCCAGGAUAAGUUUGGCUGGGAUGCCUUUAAGAAGGUGUUUGGUGCCUACCACAAGAUGACCAACUUUCCAAAUAACAACGACGGAAAGAUGAACCUGUAUGCUGAGACUUUCUCCCAGACUGUGGGGAUGAACCUGGCUGGGUUCUUUAAGGCCUGGGGCUGGCCCAUAGAAACAGCCACUGAGGAGAAACUCUCCAACCUGCCUCCCUGGAGUGACCACCCCAUGGUCCAGUAUGGCUGAACUUCUACUGAUUUAAAAAGUGCGGAGUGAUGGGUUCAAUGAGUACCAUAUUCCUGACAUUGAGUAUUUAUUGGGCAAUUCAAUUAACUGACUUUCUUUCCUUUGUUGUUGUGUUUUUACCAUAUUUAUUUAAAUAUUUUUAAAAAGAGACAGGAGUUACAUAGUUGACCAUAUACUAUAUAUAGUUAGAAAAAUCUCUCCUCCCUUACUGCUAUCUCCGCUAGCUGUUUUGCAAGGACUCGGUCGCUGCAUCCUGGACUUAGUGCCGUCUAAGAGGAUUGAGUUUGUAGCAUAUACAUUGAAUAAAAAACA